AUGAAGAUGGGUCUGAUGAAUCCUGAAGGGCAGCGUGUUACUCAGAUGGUGCAUAUUGUUAGGAAUUUCUUGGUGGACGAAGAAAAUGUCUCUGUCCUAAGUAGUAGCAUUCCACUAUUUAGAUUUUUAUUACUCUGCGUGCACUGUAAGUAUGGCAGUGUCAGGCAGUCGAGUUUGGAGGCUCUUGUCUACCUAUCGCCCAAGUUGACCCUUGAACCCAUGGACUGCAAGAUGACCCAGCUGGUCACCACCACCAUGCACAAAUGUCUCCACUCCUCUGAUAAGUAUGAAAUCAUAAAGGGGAGCGAGAUGCUAUGCCAGCUGUCUCAGCUGUCCGUCAAUGAAGAUUGCUUGUGUAACUGCAUAACUGAUGCAACCUACUCUGCUUUUUUCGACAGGUUGACGUUGAAUGACCUUCACCUUGUCUAUGCGUCCUUGGAGGCUCUGUACCAGCUGUCUGAGAUUGACAUUUUGAUAGACCUCUUAACGCUGGAUGUGGAUAAAAAUUUAAUACAAACUUCUUCAAACCUUGAAAAUGUCUUCGCCGUCGCUAACGGUAAUAGUAAUAGUAUCACUGCUGCUAUCGCUACUGCCGCUACUACAGCUGCUACUUUUGUCGUCGGAGGUCCUGAUAAUGAUGUCGAAGACGUGGCGGGGGCGAGGAAGAAGUUGAAGAUAUCUGGACUGGUCACGAACAACAACAACAUCAACAACAACAACAACAGCGUUCCUGUUUCAUUUGUGGUCCAAUGUGCCGACAACAACAACAACAAUAAUAACAAUAACAAUAGUAAUAAUAAUAAAAUUUCUGCAAGCAACUCAGACAACAAUAAAGAUGAAACCUUGAAUGCCAACAGCCAAUCAAAAUUGAGCAUUCAGUUGAACGACAACGAGAUGGUGGCCUGCAAUUGGCUGCUGGCUCAGUAUGAAUAUUCAAACGCCGAUUUGAAUAUUAAUUAUGUAAGCAAGAUGGAGAUUUAUAGGGCAUAUGUUGGAGAGUGUUCGACCUUUGGCCUACAGAAAAUCGUUAGCCCGGCCAGUUUCGAGAAGUGUAUCAACAUCAACAACAACAACAACAACAACAACUUCAACAACAACAUCAUCAACAACAUCAACAACAACAACAACAUCAUCAUCAACAACAACAACAACAACAACAUUCUGAAUAACAUCAACAACAACAACUGCAACAACACUAAUGUACAAGCUACAUUGAAUCCUGGCUUGAGGAACACAUCACAAUUCCCAUCUAUUGAGAACGCUUUGUCGGGCAAAACGGUUUCCAAUGUCACAAGCAACAACAACAUCAACAACAACAACAUCAACAACAUCAACAUCAACGUUUCUAAUGUAAAACAACAACAACAACAAACAACUUCAACAACUGACAAUUUGUUGGACGGCUUGGAUAAAGAUUUGCUGGCCGUUGCAAGGGAUAUUGGUAUUGCUAUUCCUCUCUUUUUAGCUAACAACAGCAACAUCAAUAGCAGCUUAGCCAUGUUUAGCAGCACACAACAGCAGCAACAACAACAACAACUUCUAGCCAACAAUUUAAAUGCUUUAUUAGGCAACCAACAAAAUCAACAACAACAACACAUUAACAUUGCAACAAAUGUCGAAAUAAAAUCAACAACAACAUCAACAACGACAAACGUAAACUUCUUAGCAGCCCAGCUAAUCAAGCAAUCACAGCUGACCAAUCAGAUCCCGACUCCUCCCACUCAGCCAAUCCUACAAGCGGGAGACAAGCGUCAUCAGCCAAUCACAGGAGGGGGCGCUGACGCUGCGAAGAGGAUGAAGAUGAGUGUGACCAAUAGAAUCUUCUGCAGGUGGAUUGGUUGCAACAAACCAUUCGACUCGUCCUACCAUGUUCAGCAGCAUGUCAUUCAACAACAUCUCCAACAGCCUGACAGCAACGACUCGUACGUCUGUCGCUGGCUCGGCAUCUGCGACAACACUCCAAGGAAGAAGUGGUCCUUUGUAUCUCAUCUGAACGAGCGCCAUUUGAACCAGAAUAGUUCGAUAUUAAGUGGACCUCCAAACAAUGGUCCCCCAACGAUAUACCCGCCAAAUGCCGCUAUGCAGGCCAUCAGAAGGUUUUGUAUUAAACCUCCAUUCACCGAACUACAUGAAACUGAAUUGAACCCGGUAACAAGGCACGUACAUCUGACCAGUGCACUUGUCCUCAGGAAUUUAGCUAGAUAUUCCCCUCUUGGUAGAAGUUUGUUGAAGAAGAACGAAAGCCGAAUAGCCUCGAUUGCCCUGAGUACAUCCGAGUCGUCAUCAGCCCUCUCAAACUGCCUCUGGGAACUUCAGAACUUCAAAUCUCUUUGAAAAUUUCAUCAGAAUUUAUUAUCAUUUAACAUUUAUUUGGAGUUUCAUUCUUCGCAACUGAAAUUUACUUUCCUUGUUAACUGUUUUAAAUGUUUUUUUUGUUGAUGGGACUAUGUCAAAAGUAUUUGUUUCUACGUUAAUAAGAUUUUUUUGAAAGGAAAGCAAUGUGUGAGGUGUUA